GAUAAGCAACGCGAGGGAAAGGCGAGCCACACCACGAACUGCGCCCGGGCAGUUUGCUUUCCAUUACAGACUCCUGUCAAUUUCGAUUACGGUUUGCUUGCAGUUGUUCUUAAGUGCGGCUCGUUCCCUGCCGUUAGUCACCGGUGGGACAUGACUGCUGUUUCUGACAUGUCAACGCAGACGCGUUUUGGAGCACAGUAGGACGCAGCAUGCUUUCCAAGUCUACGCGCGCGACGCGGAGUGCGGGUCCUCUCGCUUUCCUUCAUCCCGCCAUGAAGAAGUACGUUCGUCUCAUGGUGGUGGGACGUAAACGAAUAUGUUGUGACAACGUUUUUUUUUUGUUUUUUUUAAGUGAAGAAAUCUAAAGGAUAUUCCACCGUUGCCUUCGUCGACUUCGCCAGGAUGACUAAUGAUCCACCUGCUCUUUAUUUGGGAAUGGAAGCGCUCAUUGCCCUCUCUUCUGUCAUUGGUAAUGUUAUGGUGGUCUGGGCAGUAAGGAUGAAUCGUUCGUUACAGGACACGACCUUUUAUUUCAUCGUCAGCUUGGCCUCUGCUGACAUCGCGGUUGGAGCUCUCGUUAUCCCUUUAGCUAUAACCAUCAGCAUCGGACUGAAGACUUAUUUUUACAGCUGUUUACUGGUGGCGUGCACCGUGCUGGUGCUGACGCAAAGUUCCAUCCUCGCUCUCCUUGCUAUUGCAAUUGACCGCUAUCUGAGGGUCAAGAUACCUUUAAGCUACAAGCGAUUGGUGACACCAAAGCGAGCUGGGACCGCAGUGGUCAUCUGCUGGACCGUGGCCUUUGUCGUGGGCCUGACUCCCAUGUUGGGCUGGAACAACCUCGACAAGCUAAAGGGAGCAAACAGGAGCAGCCUCAUCACGUGCGAGUUCGAGACUGUCAUCAGCAUGGAGUACAUGGUCUACUUCAACUUCUUCGGCUGGGUGCUUCCUCCGCUCGUCUUCAUGCUGCUUAUAUACGCCGAGAUUUUCUACAUGAUCCACAAGCAGCUGAACCGCAAAGUGACGACCAGCCAGGCCGAUCCCCGGCGUUACUAUGGCAAAGAGCUGAAACUGGCCAAAUCUCUUGCUCUUGUGCUCUUUUUGUUUGCUGUCAGCUGGCUGCCCCUGCACGUCCUCAACUGCAUCACCCUCUUCUGCCCCGAGGCCGAGAAGAUGAACCUCAUCUACGUCGCCAUCCUGCUCAGCCACGGCAACUCAGCCGUCAACCCUGUCGUGUACGCCUUCCGCAUUAAGAAGUUCCGCAGUGCCUUCCUCAAGAUCUGGGAGCAGUACGUGUGCUGCCGGGGAGGCUGGCGACAGGCUGACCGAGACGCCCAGCGCAGAGAUUGCAAGGAGAGGAGGCUGAGGCACAACUUUGACCUCUGACACCAAUGCUACGUACUAGAGCUGUCAGGGCUGCUGUUUUGAAUGGUUAGGCUGUCUGUGCGUGGGAAUGAGGUGCGCGUGAGCUGCUGUCUGUUUCUUCAGCAUCCGGGCCUGCGAUCCUGUGAUACCUUCUGACCCUACUGCAUCUUUAAGAGGAUGUUAUGACCAAACAUCAGUCAAAAAAUAUUCAUGUACACAGACAUUAGUAGGAAGAAUGCAGUGCACAAUCUUUGAGAGCCUAUUAAAUAUAUAAAAACUACCUGUUAUAGGGGAAUAUGGGUCAAGUGUCACUUGCGUGUGUGCAAACUGAUUGUCUGGGAUCUUCUUGAGACAGCCUUACUGUGAAGACCUUAAUGCAAUGUCAAGGCAUUGGAGCUGAUUUGGGGGGUUAUCUUGACAAGCCACUGGCCCUAUAUGUAAUAAUAAUAAUAAUUCUUCUCGGCCAAUACCACUGCAGGAAUACGAGGCAUGGGGAAACAUGAACUAGAUCGCCUUGACAAAGGACAGAGAAAAAUUGGAUGUGAACUGAUGAAAGGUCAUUUUCAGUUGACACGUUCAUCUGUUUUGAUGGGCAAUACACUAUAGUGGCCAACUGCCAUUAACUCUUCUCCAAGUGUUGAUUAUUUUAAACUGGUUUCUUUGCCUUAAACAAUACUUUGAUCUGUUUCUCUAUUCUUUUGCUAAUAAGACUAAAAUAACAUGUUUUGUAAGUGUUCUGUAUUUUAUUUUUUCUUUCAGAGAUUAACUCAUCUCAUUUGUGUGACGGUAAUGACUGACUAAUUUGUAUAACUUAACGAGUAUGAUGUUUUCAUAUGUGUUUGUCUGGAGGAGUUAAUUUAUGUCAAUCUUCCUUUUGUGAGCCAUCAGAAACACAAAAGGUAAUAAUGACUUGAACUACUUUGUCUCCAGGGCACUGUUGGAUUCACACUGUGCUAAACAAUGUGCCACCCUGUGAGCUUUUGAUACCAGUGUGUGAAGCAGGUACCAAAAUAAGUGUGGCACAGUGGACAGUACUGAACCAUAAAUAAAUCUACUCUGAA